AUGAAUUUUCAAACAGAACCUUUAGAUUUAUCGACCAGAAACAAAUCCAACAAAAUACUGAACGUUAUAGAUUUGAAAUUCCUCGCUGGACUAAACGAUCACUUGGUGAAACUCUAUGAACGGACAAGUCUCGUCGACAAAAGAAACCCUUCGUUGACGCAAAGAGCCUCGAGUAUGAAAUCAGUGCUGCCGUGUCAAGUGUGUCUGAAGACGUUUGACCGCCCUUCGUUAUUGAAACGUCACAUGCGUACCCACACAGGUGAAAAGCCACAUAUUUGUAACGUAUGCAGCAAAGGCUUCAGCACAUCAAGUUCAUUGAACACUCAUCGAAGGAUUCACACUGGUGAAAAGCCGCAUAAGUGUCCUGAAUGUGGAAAAUGCUUUACAGCCAGCUCUAAUCUCUACUACCACCGAAUGACGCACACUAAGAACAAGCCACACAAAUGCACGUGGUGUACACGUUCUUUUCCCACGCCGGGAGAACUCCGUGCUCACGUCGCAUCCCACGCAGGACAAGGUAGACAAUCUUCAGGAAAUGUCAGCAAACAUGGCGACCUGUGGCCCUUUACAAUACCUCAGACUAGGUUCAAGCAAUUGCACAACAAUUUUAAUGAAUAA